AGUUGUGCAAGUAACUGGACAUCACCAUGUGGAGGAUUCAACUAAUUGUCCUGGUCAUUGGAUUGCCUGGAAUUUUGCCAUUGCACACUAAAUUUGUGAAUGUGGUGUUUCGUCAUGGGGACAGGACGACCCUGGACAACGACGACGAGCCCUUCCCCACAAGUCCCUACCUCAACUGGACAUUCUAUCCUUACGGUUUAGGACAAUUGACCAAUCAAGGUAAACGUCGUGUGUACGAGCUUGGAGUAAAAAUUCGCGAGAGAUACGGUGAUUUUCUGGGGGACGUGUAUCAUCCGAGUGCUAUUAUCGCUCGUAGUUCUGAUUAUGACCGGACCAAGAUGUCACUUCAACUGGUGAUGGCAGGAAUAUUUCCACCAGCACCUGAACAGCAGUGGCAUCCCGACUUCAAUUGGCAGCCAGUAAUCGCCAACUACGUGCCACAUCCUGACACUCUGCUGAGGCCCCAGGACUGUCCAAGGUUCAAGGAAGAGCUGAACGAUGCCGAAGAAUCGAUAGAUUUCAAGAGAGAACUCAUAGAAUACCAAAGGCUCAUGGAAUUCCUCACCAAGUGGACUGGAAAAUCUAUUAGAAGUGCUCUCGACAUGGAGGGCCUCUACAACAGCCUUAAGGCCCUCAAUGCCAUGGGCCUGAGACUCCCCGAAUGGACGUCAGGGAUAUUUCCUUAUGGACAGCUUCAUGAUGGGGCCAUUCUUAAUUAUCGACUCAUGAGCUGGAGUGAAAGACUGAAAGUGUUGAAUGGAGGAAUGCUCUUGAAGAACUUCACCGACAAUAUGCUACGAACAGCAACAGCAAAAAAAGAAUCUCCCCUGAAGAUGGUGUUGCUGAGUGGUCAUGAGAUUAAUUUGACAGCUCUCAUGGAAGCCCUUGGGGUUUAUUCACCCCACGUUCCAGAAUACUCUAGUGCCAUUUUUGUUGAAUUGUUGGAGGAGCGCAAAGAAUAUUUCGUCAGGAUAAUUUAUUAUCUCGGGGAUCCCCAAGAAACUUCCCUCAUAAAUAUUCCUAGAUGUGGAAGACUGUGUCCUCUCACCAGGUUCAUCCAAUUAUAUUCUGAAGUUCUUCCUUCUGUGGAUGAUGUCAACUGCCUGCCAUAAAGUUGAGAUAAACUUGUAAAUAAAUUUAUUUAUAUUGACAGUAUUUGUAAUAGAUAUUUUGAAUUCAAUUAGCAU